AUGUCGUCCAGGAAGAAGCAGGCUGACGAUGAGCGGUUCCGCCGGGUCCAGAAGGACCCCAGGUUCUGGGAAAUGCCAGAGAAAGAACACAAAGUCAAGAUCGACAAACGUUUCCAGUCCAUGUUCCACGACCGUCGCUUCCAGACGAAGCAGACGGUGGACAAGAGAGGACGACCCGUCCAGCUGUCCACCGCCGCCGAUCUGAGGCGCUUCUACCAGCUGGAGGGAGAAGAGGAAGAAGAGGAGGAAGAGAAGGAGGAGGAAGAGAAGGAGGAGGAAGAGAAGCAGGAGGAAGAGGAGGAUGUUCAGGUCCAGGGACAGAAGAAGAAUUUUGGACGAGGAAGCAGAGCAGCAGAUGACGAUGAGGAGGAGCAUCAGUCAGGAGAUGAUGAUGAUGAUGAUGAUGAUGAUGAUGAAGAGUCCAGUCUGGACUCUGACGAUGACAGCGGACCGGAUCUGGCCCGAGGAAAAGGAAACAUGGAGACCAGCUCUGAUGAAGACGAGGAUGAUGAUGUGGACGACAUCCUGAGGAAGGAGGAAGAGCAGAUCGAACACGAUUGGGGGGAGCUGUGCAGAGACGCUCCGCGGAGCGAGCAGGUUUCUGCUCGGCUCGCCGUCUGUAACAUGGACUGGGAUCGAAUGAAGGCCAAAGAUCUGCUGGCUCUGUUCAGCUCCUUCGUGCCUAAAGGGGGCGCUGUGCUGUCUGUGAAGAUUUUCCCGUCAGAAUUUGGGAAGGAGAGGCUGAAGGUGGAGGAGACGCAGGGACCGCCAGAGCUGAGGGCGCUGCCGGACGAUUCGGAGAACGAGACGGACGAAGACAGGAUCUACAGGGAGAAGCUGCGGGAUUAUCAGUUCAAGCGUCUCAAGUAUUUCUACGCCGUGGUGGAUUGCGACUCUGUGGAGACGGCGGUGAAGAUCUACGAGGAAUGCGACGGCUUCGAAUACGAGAGCAGCUGCUCGGUUCUGGAUCUCCGUUUUGUUCCUGAUGACGUGACGUUUGAUGAGGAGCCCAGAGACGCGGCCACAGACGUCAACCUGACGGCCUACACGCCCAAGAUGUUCACCUCGUCCGCUGCCGCCUCCUCCAAGGUGCAGCUGACGUGGGACGAGACGGACCACGAGCGCGUGACGGCUCUGAGCAGGAAGUUCAACAAAGAGGAGCUGCUGGACCUGGACUUUAAGGCUUACCUGGCCUCCUCCAGUGAAGAAGACGAAGAUGAAGAGCAGGAGGCAGGUGAGGAUCGAGAAAAGUUUUCUGGCACUUUAAGGAGACGAAGUUGUGCUGAGUUGUUUUUCAAACAGAAGAGACGAUGGGAGAGGAGAGAAACCGAAGAAGAAGAGAGCAGCAUGAGUAAAUACAGAGAGCUUCUGAAGAGCAUCCAGAGCAAAGAGAGGAGGCCGCAGGAGGACAUGGAGAUGCAGAUCAGCUGGGUUCCAGGUCUGAAGGAAACGACGGAGCGGCUGGUGAAGAAGAAGCUGGAGGCCAAGGACCAGAUGACGCCCUGGGAGGAGUUUCUGCAGAGAGAGAAGGAGAAGAAGAAGCAGAAGAAAAGUGAAAGAAAGCAGGGAGCAGAACGGCUCAGUGACGACGAGCUUCCUCCUGAUGUCGACCUCAGACCGUUCUUCUCAGACGGACCAUCAGACAUGAAGAAGAAACAGAAGAAGAAACGGCAGGAAGAGCAGAUUACGGCUGAGGAGGAAGAGGAGCGGCAGAAACAGGAGGCCCAGAUGGCUCUGCUGAUGGAGGAUGACGAUGACGAAGCCAAACACAAACACUUUAACUACGACAAGAUCGUAGAGCAGCAGAACCUGAGCAGGAGGAAGAGGAAGAAGCUGCUGAGGAAGGGUGCCGAGCCGCCGGAGGACGACGGCUUCCAGGUGGACGUCUCCGACCCGCGCUUCCAGGCCGUCUUCACCUCCCACCUGUUCAACCUGGACCCGUCCCACCCCGGCUUCAGGAACACCAGAGCCACACGGAGCAUCCUGGAGGAGAAGCAGCGCCGCCGCCAGGAGGGGGCGGAGCCAGGCGGCAGGCAGGAGGGGGCGGAGCCAGGCGGCAGGCAGGAAUCGGACUCAAAGGCGGCGAUGGAUCCGACUCUGUCGCUGCUCGUUAAAUCCAUUAAGAGCAAAACGGAGCGAUUCCAGGCCCGAAAGAAACAGAGAGUGACCUGAUUCCUCCUGAAGACGGACCCACUUCCUGGUUCUGAUUGGCCCGGUUCUGAUACAUGUUAAUGUGUUACUAUGAAGUCUUUUUGCUAUUAAAAAAUGAAACAUCUGAAGAUCCA